AUGAAUGUUGAAGAAGAAGAAGUAGAGGGGGAAUCGAAAGAAGAUGGUGGCAAUGUAAAUGCUGAAACAGGUUUAAACAUGCAUCUAGAUAGGGAACUUGAUUUAGUAAAAUAUUGGUAA